AUGUUCGAGUGGGCGGUGCAGCGCGGGGGAGACCGCUGGCUGUUCUGGUUCGUGUGCGGCGUGGGCUUCGGGCUUGCGACGGCCGCUGCGCUGCUGAGCGCUUGGCAGGCUGCUCGGUGCCGCGGCAGGCGCAGGCGGGCGGCCAUCCAGGACUACGUGGAGCGAGGGCCUGCCCCGGUGAGGGAUGGCGACGUCUGUCAUCAGAGGCUGGUGCUCGGGCAGGUGGCAUUAUCGGUAGGUAGCCUCUCCGUCAUCGGCACUCCCGACCGGCACGGGCACGCGGAGGUCUACAGUGCCGGGUCAGCCGACGUCGCGGCCGUGAGGUGGGCAACGGCUCUCAACGUGCUGCCGGACGGCAUCCCUCCCGGGGACGUCUACCGCUUCUGGGCGGGGCCGACGGUGGCGCAGCGGGCCGCCUUCUUCGCCGCGGCGGUGCCCGAGGGGGUUGUGGCUGUUGGUGCGGCCGACGGCCGUGGGGCUGCCAGCUGGGUCGCCGACGAGUGCUUCGACGGCUUCCGCGACGGGGACGACGUGCCGCACCAGGCCGGAGCAGGCGCCAUCGGGGACAAGGACAUCCACCAGCUGGCGGGCGGCUCUGGCUUCUUCGGGCAGUUCUUACGGCCGAGCGACGAACAGGAGUUCUUCGCCCGCAUCGUGGCCGUCGACGCCCGCAUCCUGCCGGUGCGCCGCAACGGGCUGGGGCGACGGGGGCGAACGUGGGCGGACAUGUUUGCCGCUGCGACGAAGGAGGAUUUCGACAAGGACUGGUCGCUCGGUGGCGACCGAGCGGCCGGGUGGAGCCUGGAGCACAUCAACUCGGAGGGCAACGGUUUGGGAGUUCACCACGAUCGGAUUCGAUCGCUGUGUCGCCUGGUGCCCAACGCCUGGGAGACGGCCGAGCUCCUCCACCUCACGGCGGCGGACGAGGCCGGCAUCCUCGGCGUCCAGCUCGACGGCACGAACCUCGUCAUCGUGAAGAUGCUGCUGAAGAGGAUGCAAACCAUUGAGGUCGCCCACCUGGAGUGGGCUAAGGAGGCCGCGUUAAGAGGAUACGGUGGGCGUCUCAGCGUCGAGGAGCAGCACGCGUUCCCGGGGCCCAGCCGGGGCUCGGGGCAGCUGAUGAUUGGCCCAGAGCUCCUGAACGUGGUUCUUGUCGACGUGGAGCGGGAGGCGCAGCUCAACACGGCCCUGCGGAAAGGCCGCAAGGAGCGAGACGCAGCCCGCAAGAAGGGCGGGGACGACAAGUCGUGA